AAAGAGGGCAUGGACUCAUUAGCAGCAUAUAAGUGGACGGAGACGUCUGUGUCUAUUUUGCAAGCACCAUGCCUCGUGAGAGAUUCCACAUUGUCGACGGGAUCUUCCUGGGCAAACACUUCUCUGAAGAAAGCGUUCGAGAAGUCCUAGCUUACGAGCCACGACCAGACGACGUCUUCGUCGUGACGUAUCCGAAAUGUGGAACGACGUGGAUGCAGCACAUCGUCUAUUACAUCUUCAGCAACGGGACUCCGCCCAAAGAUUCUGACGAGUUCGAUUCCAAAACGCCCUUCUUCGAGUACAUGGGACAAGAAGCCGUUGACAAUCUACCUCGCCCAGCUGCGAUCAAGACGCAUCUAGCCUUCAACAAACAACCGUAUUCGAAAGACGCCAAGUACAUCUAUGUGGCGAGGAACCCGUUUGACUGCUGCAUCUCUUUCUUCCAUCACGUCCGGUUCUUUCCAAUGUACGACUACGAAGACGGAACAUUUGACGAGUUCUUCGAAGAAUUCCUCAGGGGCGAGGUCGACUUUGGAGACUACUUCGACCACCUGCUGUCCUGGUACCCACACAGGCACGACCCUAACGUCCUGUUCCUCACUUUCGAAGACCUCAAAAAUGACACCAGAACUUGGAUCCAGAAGGUUGCAGACUUUCUAGGCAAGGAGUACGGCGAAAGACUUCGCAACGAACCGGAAGUGAUGGAGAAGAUUCUCCAGUAUACUUCCGUUGAGUACAUGAAGAAGACGGUGAAUCCGGUAAUGACGCGCCUCGACCAGAAGUUUCAGGGACUUCCACGGGACCAAUGGCCGCGCUGGGCCCAAAGGUUCCUGCGUGGCUGUGGAGAUUUAUUACAGAAGCAGUCGGUGGGAACAUUCGUACGUAAAGGCGAGGUAGGAGACUACAAGACUGAAUUGACGCAGGAUCAGGUGAAAAGGAUGAAGGAGUAUAUCGCAAAGAGGACAGCAGGAACCGACGUCAUGGGGCUCUGGAAGAAUCUCAAGUGGAUGGAGUGAAGUGUUCGUUGAUGAGCGCUUUACCGGUCACAACAAAGUAUAAAAUGCUAGUCGUACCAUA